AUGAAAAGCGAUGGUAGUGUCGUUACUAUUAAACCUAUGGCAACAAUUUCAUACGGUACAAAUCAACACACCAAACCAUUUCAACACCAAAGUCGCAAACAGCUGCAGCAGCAGCAGCAACAGCAACAGCAACUUCAAAAUCGUCAACAGCAGCAGCAACUACCACAAACACAAAAUCGUCAACAACAUCAGCAAACCAAAGAAGCUUCCAGUAAGAAAAGAACAAUUUCGGAAGAAGGAAUUUCGGGUGAAGGUAUGAGUUUACACUGGUUGAGUGUUCUCGAAGACGCCGCACAAGCUGCCAGAAGCUGCCAAUCUCUCUACGACGGCCGCCACGACAAUUCGGCCGCAUUCACUCGCUCCUCUAGUACAAAAUCCACUUUCGCGAAAUUUUUUUGUCUCGGGAAGAAAAAUAAAAAAAAAAAGAGCGCGUCUCGUGAGAGGAUGAGGAAAAAUGAAAAAUCAAGAAGUAGAGAUCACUACGUCGAUAGCGGAAAUCCAACUGCAGCCGCGAUUCUCGAUCAUUCCAUAAAAUCAUCGACGGGUCGGAGAGAUAAUUAUUUGUACGCGACAGAUGUCCUGCCGAGAAAGCAGAUUUAUUACAGUUUGGAGGAAGAAGAGGCGAGGAAACAGAGACUGUUGAUGGUCCACAAGCUGAACAGUUUGAGUCAGAGCGGAAGAGGAAGUCUGAGUGGGUGGGGAGAUUCAGGAGUUAUAGAUCAGUCUUCCGAUCUGGGAACAUCCUUUGGCGAUGACGGAAUUUUGACGUCAUCAACGGUGGGUUCGGCAAGAACGCGACAAGAUUAUCACGCAUACCACCGAUCUAUGUCGACAUUGUCGCCGCAACAGCAGCAGCAACUGCAGCAGCGACACAAGCAACAAUUCAUGCACGAGCAAAUUGAAAUUCGAGGAGAAAGUAACGAGAAAGAUAUAAUGAGAAGUCAAUCGGAACAUACGAUACCGAGAACUCCGAACAAAAUUAGGCAGAUGAAAGGGCAAGAAAUGAAAGAUCACCAACUGUCUGAACGUCUGCCAGCGCAUCAAUUCAUCACAAGAGCCGAUGUUGAACCAGUACCGCCGGCCAAAAAAAAACUAAAAGAAAAACCAAUUUCUGAAAAAUUUAGCACAAAUAAAAUGAACAUCAACCAGACUCCAAAUCGCAUCGAGAGUAGAUUCAGUUACCAUGAGGAAGGCAAGAAAUUGAAGAGACGAAACGGAGAAAGCAGCAGUCCUGCGACUUCUGAAGAGGCGAGACAAGGCUCUGCAACCACUACUACAUCCUCCAAAACAUCUUUAACGAGUAGCAACAGUGAGAAAACUGAUUCCGAUAGAAUAUUUGUAAGCAAUGAUGGCAGCCAAAUUAAUAUUAAAGAAGGUAAAUGUGAACCCCUUUCGGUAGACGAGGAUAACAUAUGGAGAAAUAAAAAUCGCAUUUCACAAGCACAAAAUAAAAUAUCUAUUGAGAAUUAUCAAAUCGAACCAAAAUCUAGGACCCCGUCUGGCAAACAAAAAGAAAAAUUUGACGCUAAAGAAUUAAUUAAGUCUCGUGAUUCAAAUAAUUUUUCUAAAAAUACUAAAAAUCCUGGUGAAAAUGACGAAAUUAUAAAGCAAGAAGCUCCAGAGAAGUACCAAGUUGACGACCCGUACAUGGACACGAUUUCGAAUUCAGAAAGAGAAGAGGAGGAAAGUAACACGUUCAAGUCUGAAAAUGAAACAACGCAGAAACGAAAGUUGAAGGAGAUGCAGUUGAAUGAGAUGCCCUUCAUCGAUUCCUGCCCUAGUCCGAAGAAAAAUGAGAUUGAUACGAUCCUCGAAGAAUCGUUCGCUACGUCUGCCGGAAGUGCAGUUUCCGAAUUAAAAACCGACUCAUCCUCAUCUUCAUCAGAUGAUACAAUCAGUGACGGAAAUGAUGAAAAUAAAAUUAAAAAGAAGAAAAAAACAAAAAAGGAGGCGAAAAAUUACAAAGCUAGUGACGAAGAAGAAGAGAAAAUUUUGACUUGUAAAAAAUUUACAAUUGAAUCAAAUGCCAAAAAUGAAAUAAAAUCUAACAAAGCUGCCUCCGGUUCAAAAUCAGCUCCAUCAUCCCCCUCUCUUUCUCACUCAUUUGAUGUUGAAAUCAAUUUCUCAGAAGAAAUUGAAAAUUUGAGAAAAUUAGAGCUAGAUAAUUUGGGUAAACUUGAAUAUCACGGCCCAGAAAUCACUGUAGAAAUGCCGUUUAAUCUGCUACCUGGAAAUAAAAAAAUUAACCAGAAACAUGAAAAUGAAAUCAAAAAAUGGCGAACACCGGCUGUUUAUAAAUGCAGACAGACACACGGCAGCGAUAUAAUUUUUGAGAACGUUACAUACAGCGACGGCAAACCACAAUCUACAAAUGUUAAGCGUUGCACGCUGACCAUCAUCUGGUCGUUCACAAAAAUGGAAAUUAAAGAGGAUGUGGAAAGUUUUGUCCGAGUGGCUAGGUUGGUGCUAAACUAUGAGUUGGAUGGAGAAAUGAGAAAAGACAAAGGCGAUACAAAUGUUUCCAGAUCUGUAGUGCACGAAAGAAAGCGAGGCGAUGGCAGCACACAGUGGCUGGAGGAAAUUGAUGGAGACGUUGUAGAAUCUGGAAUAGAUGAAAUUGUAAAAACUGGUGCCAGAGAUGAGAAUGAUAAAUUUGCAGACACGAGUAUGGUAAUGCAGAUGGUGAAAACAAUUUGUGAUUCUCUAAAUGAACAAUUUGAUGAAGAUAAUAAAAGCAGCUCUAUCAAAAAUAAACUGCCGGAUCAAGAUAAUACUACAAGCCAAAUUGAUAACGUGAGUAAAAUUCCGACCAGUGAAAAAAAUAAACUAAAGCCUACCGAAGAUUCGGAUGAAAUUGAAAGAGAACCCUUUCAGUACAGAAAAGCGAGUUUAACGCACGGCAAAGAUGAUGAACUCUUUGUACCGACGGACGCAACUCGGUUCAGUAACAUCGCCGUUGAAAGACCGAUCGACAACAAACCUGAGAAAGUGAUGAUAGUUCAAACUUUGUCGGAUAACACAAAAAAACCCGAUAAAUUUCCUCCAAGUAAGAGUGAAAUUUUCAAAGCACAGGAUGACACGCCACUCAAUAAAACACGGAAAGAGAACAGCAGCAACAGCCAAACAACCGAACAACCGAACGAACAACAGAAGGAAAUAUCAAAAAUCGACAAACGUGAAAACAAAAACAUUACUUCAAACAAACACCCACCUGAUCAACACGACAACUUAUCAGCAGCAGCAGCAGCAGCAGCAGCAGCUGAUCAGACGACGAGCAGCGACGAAAGAUACGAAACCGCGGAUGACGAGAUGAUGACAGAUGCAAGCAGCGGGAAAUCGCCCCAACCACAACCUUUCCAUCCACACCAUCCCGAAAUCAACCCCCCGAAACAAAAUUAUGAAAUUAAAUGCGGUGGUUUCGGUUCGCGGAACAUCAGGGAUUAUAUUUCGUCAGAGGCCAAAUUCGAUCUAGAUGUAGUGGAAUCAUCGGUCGCGUGCAUUGGAACGAAUAAUUUCAUAAUCGAAACUAGCGAAAAACACUACUCGAAUUGUGUAAACUGCCCUGAGGACGCUCCUAUGAAACGUGAUUCCAACAUUCAUGCCACUAAGCCUGAUACGGCAACGUCAAAAAUUGAUGAAAAUUCAUCGACUAUCAUCAUUAGUUCGAAUCCGUUGACUGCCGAUGAUAAAAUGUGGGCUUCUGAUAAGGAAAUUGAUUUCAAUGAGAGGCCCUUUGCGACGAGUUCGCCGAAACUUGAAGACUUUCUCGAUGGCUACGACAACCACAAAACGGAAAAUAAAAUGAAAAAUUUGCCAGAUGAAAAUUUUACAAAUUUAAAAUUAGUCAGAAACCCUCCUUCGAUUUUCAGUGAAUCGGAGGAUGAGAAGUUCAUGUCUCCGUUGGAUGGCUCGUUCGUUUCUGAUGACAGCCGCAAGAAAGAAAAUGCUGAACUCAUUUCAAGCAGUGCCGAAUUUUAUUCAUGCGAUCAGUACGAAAGCGACAGGCAGGAUGGCGGGACAAAUAUCAAAAAUGAAAAAUAUUUAGGGGAAAAUAUUUCAGAGAGUGCAUCCAGACAACAACAGCCAGUUAACAAGGUUGAAACAGAUGAUGACAAACACAAAGAAGCAUCGACCAACAUGAAAGAAAGUGAAUCAUUCUGCGAUACCGACACUGAAACCUUAGCUGAAGAAUCCUGCACAUCAGAAGAUGAAGACGUUGAAGUUAGAAAAGAAAUUUUCAUUCCACAAAAUCCUAAAAUUAAUGAAGAAACUGAUGUUGAAAAAGUUGAAGAUGAUGGCUGGUGUAAAUUUAACUGCGGACAAGAAAAAUUAAUUUCGACAAUUUUAUCAGAGGCUAUGGCUGAAUUCGAGAAAGAAUUUUCAAAUAAAAUCCACAACAUCCCUUCCAUUGACUGGUCGACCAUUGAAGUACCAAAACUGGAAAGCGUAGACGUUGAUUCUCAGCUAAUUUCUCUCCUAAACAAUGACAAGACGUCUGAUUUUACACAAGUUACAUCAAUUCCUCCGCCUACGUAUGAAGAGUUCAUGGAAGAGGAAGUCAAAAAUACCGCUACUACCGCUACCGUUACUGCUACUACUACUGUCGAUGUUGCGGCUGCUACUACUACUACUGCUCUUACUACUACUAAUACUAAUGAUAUUACAAUUGAUAAUAGUCACACAAAUGACGAAGUUCAAAUAAAAAAUACAAAAUCACCGUCAGUUGAAACCGCGAAAGACAUUUUAGACAGCUACUUUGCUUUAACGUGUGCACACAGCGUACAAAAGGACAAUGAUUUAAUCGCCAAUUACUUAGAAAAUAAUAAGGAUGAGUUGGAUUUUUAUAAACAGACUACUAGCGAAGUUGAAAAUGAUGAAAUGGAUCUUGAAGAAUUUGAAGACUCACGUAAAACUGAUGUCGAAUUAGAAAGAGUGACAGGCGAAGAACCAUCAGACCGUGAAGAAAUAAACUCACAACAGCAUAUCUCUGAAUUCAUCUGUGACCAUUUUAAAGAAACUCUAACAGAUAAAGAGCUGAUAAAUCAAUAUUUGAAAGUUAAUGAAAAUGAAUUAGAUUUUUACAAAAAACCAGCUAAAACGCUUGAUAAUUAUGACGAAUCAGAGCAAAUUAACACCCAAUCUACUGUUACAAAUGAUGAUUUUGUAUGCGGUCACCAGAAUAAAAUCUCAUCAGAUAAAAAACUUAUUAAAGAUUAUUUAAACACGAACGAAAGUGAACUAGAUUUUUAUAAAUUAAAAAACGAAAAUUUAUCAAAUAAUAAUAAAAAUGUUUCACAACUACAAGAGGUUUCCGAAAAUUUACAUAAUUUGAUCGUUAACGAACCUGCAGACCGAAAAACUUCAGAUCAUCCCCAUUACGCUGAUUUCAUUUGUGGAUAUAUCGGAAAAACUUUAACAGAUGAAGAAAUGAUAAAUUCAUAUUUGAAAGAUAACGAAAAUGAAUUGGAUAUCUACAAAGAUGAUGAAAAAAGUACAUCAGCAACGACGACGACAGCAGCAACAACAACUACUAAAGCGACAAUCACUACAGCCACAAAAAAAGAAUCAGAAGAAUCUGAUUUCCAACCAUCGCUGGCAAGCAUCAACACCGCGAUUAACAUCUUAGAAUGGAAUGCAGACUUCGUGUGCGGAAGUAUCAGCGGUUAUAAUAAAAUCAGACUCGAUGAAGAACUUAUAUCAGUUUACUUGGAAAAUAACCCCGACGAACUGAAUUUUUAUUCAAAUCAAGAAAAUUUUCAAUCAGAAAGGGCAAUGGAACGUGCUGACAAAACUACAAAGUUUGAUUUGACGCCUACUGGCAAAAAUAUUUCAGAUGAAAAUUUCUAUUUCUCAUGCUGUCAUCAUGAUAACACGGAAAAAUUUAAAUCAGACAAACAUCUCAUAAGAGAAUAUUUAGAAAAUCAUAGCGAUGAAUUGAAUUUAUAUAUAAGUUCAGGCAAGCAAUCUGAUGAAACUAUUCAAAAGCUACAUCAUCAAAACAAAAAUGAUGACACAGAUUCAAAUUUCUAUCUUUCUACCACCACUACUACUACUGCUACUUCUACAACGACUGCUUCUGCUACUACCUUUAGUACUGAUAAUAAUACUGACCGUAGUAAGAAUGUUAAAGACGGAACACAGGAUAGUCGAGAAGAUUUUUCAUCAGGUGCGUUUGGAACUGCGGCCAGUGUGGCUGAUUGGUUCUCUAUGAAAUGUGGGCAUGACGACCACUCCAAAACAACUGCAGACGAAAUACUGAUUGAAAACUUUUUGAAAAAUAAUCCAGACGAUAUCGGCAUGUAUCGCUCCUACCUGCCGAAAUCUCCUAACCAAGAAAAACGACAUCAGGGAUAUGGCAUUGUUGUUUCUCCAAGAACAAGCGAUGAAACUGAGAAAAUAAAUGAUUAUGAAAAUGACGAUGGUAAUGUCACAGAAAUUAUUAACCUAAGUGCCGUGAAAACUGCCGUAGAUAUAUUAGACUGGUGCACUCACGAAAUUUCCGAAUAUAAGUCAAACGAAAUAUUAACGGACGAACAGAUUAUAUCAUCUUUCUUGAAAAAUAAUGAAAAAGAAUUAGAAGAUUAUUUAAUUUUAGACGAAAAAAAUGAUCAAACAGAUGAAAAUAAAACUUACUUGAGUGAAGUGAAAAAAAAUGCGGUCAGCCAGCCAAUGCCGAUUCCAUCAAAACGCGACGAUUUCACGGAGCAAGAAAUAUCCGACUCGAGUAGCUCAAACGAUAGCGACUCCAACUGCAGUACUGUCGGUAGUGGCGAUCUAGAAGUGGACAUCGAUCAAUAUUUCGCGGAGAACGGCGGAGAUACGAUGAAGAGAGUUUCACCUAGCAACCGCUCCUCUGUCAGUCUCUCUGAAUUUCAAAGAGCUGGAAUCGACGUUCGAGAUGGAAAACUGGAGGAAGUAAAAUCAGAAAGUGAAAAAGUGGAAACCAGUGAAAAUGAAACUGCGGAAUCUACAAAUGAACAUGAAGUAAUAGGCUCAACUGAGAUAAAAGAAAAUAAUUCAAAUGAAAUUGACAGCAGCAUUUCGUGCGAUGAGAAAUUGAAACAUGUCACCAACAAGUCGGUAUCUGACGAAGAAAAUAAAAAUAAUAAAUUAGACGGUGACAUCGAUGGAAAAGCUUCAAAUAAUUCAGAAGAUAAGAGAAAAACAAACACUAGUCCUAUUUUCGGAGGCUUUAAGAAACUUUUCUUUGAUUUUUUCAAGAUCGACAAACAAGAGGAUCAACAGAAAAGCAGCAAUAACCAAGAAAACGAUAAAGGAAAGAACACGGAGAAGCAUCAAGACAAGCCGUCAACACCUGAAAAAACUGUUCACCACGACCCUAGCGUCCAACCGACCGAACCAAAAAACCUCGACAUUCAGAACGAAACAACAAAACCAACCUCACACAACAACGAAACUCAAGAGGCAUCAGACAACCAAUCAUCAACGGAAGGUAACACAUCGUCAGAUAAUGAUAGAACCGGCUCCUCUUCGACAUCACGAUCAACAUUCUACGAAUUUCACAUGAAUCAUAAACCUCGCAGGCCAGACGACGAAGACGAUGAAGAUGGUGAAGAUAAUCUAGAUGGAGGUCGAGACAUCAGAAUAGUCAAAACAACUCACCAACAUAGCAACAACGUGCUAGUUCAGGUGUUUGCGAGAAAUGAUACCAUCUUAAAAGAAGUUGAAAAACAAUAUUCUACCGAACAUGAAACUGCCGCAAAAUCUUCAACUGAAUUACAAAACACGCAGGAUAUCCACCAAACAGGGAACGCCAAAGAGUGCCCUUCCCAAACAACGGGACGACCGUCCCGAUCAUCUCCCAACAACUCAGAACAGUCUGGACAAAGUAUAAAUAAUAACGAACGUGGUGAAUUCUUAUCGCCAAAUCAAAGGGGAGGAGGAGGAAAUAGAUCUCGUUCCCCCAGUGAAAGUCCAAACCGUAGGAACCCGUCAAACGAGAGAAGAAAGUUUCGAAGGAGUAUGAUGCGUGGUACAGGAGAAGUGUUCCCGUCGAGAGAUACGAUGCAAGAACAUUUUGAUUACAUACCGAACAGAGUCACUGUCCAUGUCACUCCAUCAAUGGACGAUCAGAUCACUGCUACGCUGAAUACUGUUGAAAACUUCUACCGAAUGAUCGAAGAAUUAGACGGCGACGGUGUUUCGUGGCCUAAACUCGAUGAAGCUGGCCGACACGAUGCCAAACAUGAAAAAAGAAAUUCACACUACGAUAAACGACGUCCCGAAGGAGCUGAUUUCAAUGGAGUAUCAACUGGUUUCGCCGCGAGACAUUCUCAAAUUCAAAACCAGCUAGAACAAAUUUUAAAGGACACAUCUUUCGACGGCACGCCAGUAGACAGGGAUGAUAAAAACCAAAACAGGCAGAGAUUCGAAGGCAAAUGGGUUCCAGUGAACGAUUACACAGACAGUCAUGGUAGAGUCGUAAAACUUCCCGGCAUGACAAACGCCGAAUGGAUGACGCUGACAGACAACAAAGGACAAUAUGCUACAGCUGGGGGCGGCAGGAUAUUCGCACGAAGGCGUCGCAGUCGCGGAAGCCAGAAACAAGGCAGUGAAGAUUCGAGCGAAACUGCAAGUCUGAACGGUAGUAAUGCUGGUGUCGAAGAUGAAUUUUUCGAUUCAACGUGUCCCGAAACUGAUCAACUUUUAUUAACGAGUGUCAGAGGGAGCCGAAUGCGUUUUAUCUACUUUUUAGAUAAAACUGAAGAAGCCACUACAGCAGCCACUCAACUCGUUUCCGACAUAAUCGGAGACACCGAACACGAUGAGUCGAUAGAUGGAUUAGAUCGUUCUAACGACGAUACACUGGAAGAAGGCGAAAGUGAUGAAGAGGAUGGCGGGGGAUUAACUGAUCAGAUAAUGUUAAUAUUUGCAUCUUCAGAUUUGGCAGCAGGAGCGUUCGGUGGUAUCGGAGGCGACCCAGAACCAGGACCCUGGGACGAUGAAGCUUACCGCAUGAGACGGGCCGCAGCAAAAACGACGACGACCACCACCACAACUUCCACAACAGUCACCGAAGCAGGUCUCGUAACGCCAGACUCCAGCCGCUCUGAUGUUAUCAUAGAAAAUAAUGGAGAUAAAUAUAGAGCAUCGGAGAGAUGGACUACUGUCAACAGUUUUCACGGAGGUAGCGGAAGUGUUGAGGAUUUAGAUUCGAACCUAGGAGCCAGUGAUGGGAACUACAACAGAGACAGUACAACCACAGAAGAUGACAGAAGAUGGUUUAGUGAUGAAGAACAUCCCAUUCAUUCUCCUCAAUCCCGAGAUGAACUUCGAAGACGACACAGAAGCAUUGAAGAUGGCAUUUCUUCAUUCGAUGAGAGGAUUCACAACCUAACUGACCGCAUUCAAAGACUGAAGUCUGUUGAGAUGGAUUUUAGUAGCGGUCAAACAUUUGAUCGCCGCAGCAUCAGUGGAUCUAGUACCGACCGCAGAGAAUAUACGACUCCAUCUAACUUCUACACAGCCUCUACAACUUCAAACAUUCAAUCCGAAAGUUCAUAUUCUUCUGCAGCUUCCACAGUUACAAGACAUUCUGACGGCAGGUGUCAUACAGGCAUCUAUGAAACAAAUGAAAGUUAUAAAACAGCAUUCGAAGGUAGUGGAGAUUACGGAAGAAGAAUUGGUACGAGUGCAACAACUCACGGAACGAGUUUCGCAUCAGCUGGCAGUGGUUUAUACGAAACUACAGUUGACGGUAGGCAAGUCUACGGCAGAGAUUUCAGCAGCACCAGCUCAUACAAGACUGCAACAGAUAGAACUAGUUUCGUGUCUGCUAGUGAUUCUGUGCACAUAAGAAGAGGCGAUGAUCUUGAAUCUGCAUUCGACCCCGUGGUAACGGCUUACGAAUACGCUGAAAUGAUAUCAAUAUUCAAGUACUGCUCGCAACAGUUCAGACGUACUUUCAAUGAAUCGCGCAAUUUGAGAUGGAUCGAGGGAAGACCACCCGUCAUGGUGUUACCGCCAAGAUGGGUCUGGGGUGGACCGUUCGCAGAACACCGAGCAAGAUCAACAGCCGGUCUCUACUCUUCUUCAAUCGUUCACCUUUCGGAGCAACGAGAAUACAGCCCGAUAGCAGUUGCCAUCGUUUCAGAUAAUUUUUACGUGGUGGCUACCAGCAACAUCCUCUACUCGCAACCAGGUACCAUCGCUGUUUCAGUCUCCAGACGCCGCAGGUCUCGUCGCAGAAAUCGGACUGAUGCAACCGCCAAUCAAGAGAACGAGAGCGGCAGAACGAAUGGAGACGACAGUAGUUUCGAUAACGAGAAUGGAAAAGAUGAAAGCUCUUCGUGAACUGGUUCGAUCUGAUUGGACUUGGAAUCCGGUAGAAGACGUAUGGUUCUUGUGAGAAAAUGAUGUGUCGUCUUGUAAUUUUCAUGUUGCUAACUCCAAAUUUAAAAAUUCUCAAUUCUUUUUCAUACUUUUCGUUAUUUUCGGUCAACCAAAUGAGAAAAAGCAUUUGAAAAGGUAGCUUGAGAUAUUAUAUGUCUACAUAGUUAUUCAUAUUUUUGCUGAAUCAUUUUACAAACUUCCAUAUAUAAAAAAUUUAAAACUUUUUAACAAAGAUAAUUAUGUAAAAUAUUCAAUUUGCGAUUAGCACCUGCCUAAAGCUUUCACAUACACGCCUUAUUUUACAUUAUUCUUCAAUGUUUUUCCCACUGAAUUAACUUCGCAUUUUUAUCCAAUUGGGUUUAUAGAAACACGAACGCGUGGCAGGUAGACAUACAUGUAAGUGUUAUAAAUAUCAUUUUUACUAUUAUAUUUUAAAAAUUAUUUUACUUUUACUUGUUAUAAAAUAUUUCUAAAACAAUUUAUUCCUUUUAAUUCUCAUGCUAUGGUUAUGGUCACUAGCGAUAUAUAUAUAUAUAUAUUGUGUUGUUUUUUAAAGAUUUUUAAUUUUAAUCCACUUAACAAUGAUUAAAUAAAAAACUCUUAAAAAACGAGAA